UGGACAAACGCAUCACCAAGAUGCUCGCGGAGAGACCAAAUAUGAUUCAUGCUGGUUCCAACAUCAACUUCACCAUCAGCACAGACAAUCUUGGACUCGUCAUCAUGGAAUCAGGAGAGAUCAUUGCCACGCAUCAGAUGCAGGGAAUCUCAUUUGCAUCCGGUGGUGACCUGGACACGCAGGAUUUCGUCGCGUACGUGGCCAAGGACGGUGCGGGUAGGGCGUGCUACGUGAUGGAGUGUACGGGCGGUCUCGCCCAGGACGUCAUUACGACGAUAGGCCAGGCGUUCGAGCUGAGAUUCAAGGAGUACUUACGGAAGACGACAAAGACUGUCAAGUUGCACAGGGCUGAACUGAGAGGGCAGCACGGUCGACCUGCUAGGACAGGUGUCGGGGCAGGCAGGGUGUCAGACGACGCUCACAGUCAGUCACCGCCCCCUCUGCCGGCCAGAACACAUCGCAUUCACAGACAGGCUCUCUGCAGGCGGUUAAUAGAGGCAAAUCAAGUUAGUGACUUAACAAAUGAGAAUAAUGGAUUAGCAGCUACUGACAUGAUUGACUCAUUGGGAGAUCAGGAGCAAGUGAUGCCCCCUCCGCCACCCAUCAGAUCAGACUCUCACAGAAUACACACACGGGUCCCGCUGGAUAGUGAAGCCUGGUUCCACAGGAACGUCACACGGUCCGAGGCAGAGAGACUGAUCCGAGAAGAUGGAGACUUUCUGGUUAGGGAAAGCUCACAGAGUGAUGGACAAUAUGUGUUAACUGGCAUGCAGCGGGGAACAGUCAAACAUUUACUGCUAGUAGACAAUGAUGGAGUUGUGCGCACGCGAGACCGGGUCUUCGAGAGCGUAGUGCACCUGAUCGAUUAUCAUCGUCAGAAUCAGCUUCCCAUCAUGUCGACCGACAGCGCCACCUCUCUCGUCAACCCGGUGCUGUGUCAGCAGUGCCAGCCAGACCCUCGCUGAUCACACCAAGUACCUCUUCUUGCUGUUUGUCGGGCGGAGCGCGCGUAGGCGGUGAUGCGGAACUGCGUUCGCCGAGUUUCGGAAAUGCAUUUUGUACGCGGCCGUGGCGGGGGUACUUGUUUCGUACAUAGAGGUUGCUGCGCGGAAGAGGAGGCGGACAGGCUUGUUAUUGUUUUCUUCCGUACGAGCGGAAACAACAGACAGUCUUUCCUGUCGAUUCGAGGUGUAUUGCUAUACGUAGGUUGGUGAUAAAAGAGCUGCUCAGAUAUAAGGGCCUAAUAUACUGAGAUGCCGAACAAGAGUCUGUUUUGGCUCCGUUUCGAUUGGAAAGUUCCGAGGGGAUAUAGCACGAUAUUUAUUGGUACCUUUGCUGGAUGGUCGUCAUGGCAAUUUGCCGACUUAAUGUGCAAUAACAACUUUAGUUUGUAUUUCUGCCACUAGGGUGUGCUGGUUGCAUCCCCCACUGGUUGCGUUGUAGGCGACGGAGGGUAAAUGGCACUUUUAUGUGAACUUAAAUAUGUUACAUGGCGAUAACAUAUAAAAGUCCACGAGUGACACGUCUGGACACACAAUCUCACGUUGCAGAUAAGAUAAUAUCAGAAGUAGAUAAUAGGGAAUUCCCUAUUAUCUACUUCUGAUAAUAUCGAUGAUAAGUGUACACGUUAUUGGAGUGGGAUCGUUAAAUGUAUAUUAUGUCGUAAGACGUGGAUUAUUUAAUCUUGUUUGAUGUUCAUCAGUGUUAAUUCGUGCGUGCCUCACGCGUACAUGCAUAAUCGUGGCGGUGUGGAAGUCGAACAUUGUGUACAACUCGUGUAUUGUCCCGAUCGACUGCCUGGGUUCUGGGUUGUGGCUAGAUACAAUAAUGUAACCCAAACCCAGGAUAGGAUAGGAUAGGAUAGGAUAGGUAUCCUGGGUUUGGGUUACAUUAUUGUAUCUAGGUUGUGGCAUGCUCUUGCAAUAUUACUGAUGUUUGCCGUGUAGCAUAACAGCACACAUUCGCCUUCCGGGAAUACAUGCCGGGAGUGCCCGGGUUCGGCAAGCAGUGAACACUGUGAUGGAAAAGGAAAAUGUGCCCCGGGCUUUGGUUAUCUCUUUCAAAAUAUUUAGAUUUAGAGGAUAAGUAUCAGGGCAUCUUUCUCUGUAUUCUAUAUCACACGGCGUUGUCGAGUUGUGUUCUCACAUGUCACAUUACUCUAUUGGUCGCACAUAAAGAUAUGAGAGUCGAAUAUAUUUUGAAAUCAGAGUAUGUAGACGUGUAUGUAUCUGACAAUAUAUGAACACAUAAUUAGAUAUUUCUCUGUUGGCAAUCUCUCUACCGUAAAAUUUGUUCGUAAGUAGUGAUUAUAAAUGGGUAAUGCACUUGCACUACUGUAUGUACUUAUUCAUUGUCGCUAGGAUUGGCAAUAGAGGAUGUGAGUAUGCAUUGAGGAUGAAUGUUAUCGUAAAGGCUGGCAGCAGUAUUCUAUUAGCAUUUUCUCUUUUAUUGAACAAACUUGUAAAAACCGUGUUGUGUUUUGGUUCGUAAUGGGCCAGCAGAUGUUGUCAAUGGUGUGUGCCAUUGGUGAGUAUUUGGGUGAAGCACUUUGCAAUGCAUGAAAUGUGUUGCGAUGCACCAUGACAGUGGCAGGUGUGUACGAUUGCAAUGAUGAGAAUAGAUGAGAUUAGGGGGUUGAUAUGUACAUAGAUGCUACUGAAAUAUAUGGGCUGAGCUCAGUAAUGUAUACCUGUAGGGAAUAACAGUUAAAAUAGUUUUAAUAUUAGUGAUUGUGAAUAUCUUAAUUUAUUAUAGAAAAGAGCUACUGAUGAGUAAUCAGGUUGGACAAUUUCUGUGAAAACUGUAAAUACUAUUUAAAUUAUUUUAAACCGUUGUUAGUUAAAAUAUUGCUCUAUGGAUUGACAUAAGUGUAUAAACGUUAGUAGUAAACUAUACAAUGAGAACAAAUGUGUCUAUCAUCCGCAUUACUUUCCUGGUAAGCACGUCUUUUCGUUUCAAGCAUUGACUCUAUGAAAGCUUUCAGUUUGAACCAAAGCGUUAAGAAUAUCGUAAAUCUUGUGUGUGGUAAUAUUAUUCAAAGUGUCCGAUUACAUUUAGAGAGAAAUGUUUUCUGUCGUACAUGUAUGUUAUAUAUGAUACUGCACCUUACUGUUAUAUGCUAUACUUGUUUCAAAGUCUAUAAUCAGAAUAUUAUUCAUCCUGCUUUCAAACUAAUGUCUCUUAAAUGAUUUUGCUCCUGGUCAGUGUUUUUUAGUCUAUUUCCCAUGAACUUGUGACUGCAGCCUAAUUGAUAUUGAAGUUGGGUGUGCCCCCCAAGGCUUGCAGACAGUAUUACAAAUAAACCACGUCUACGCCAGACUGUAAAAUCAAACACUCGAGUUUAUCAUGAGAAGAAAGUUACUAUUUAUUGAAUAAAAGCUUUAUUCAAGUAUA